CAUGGGUGAUAUGCUGGCCUUCCUGCAGCAGGAUGGAGGAAGCCCUGCAGAGACUGAGCAGCUGCUUCAGCAAAGGCUACAGGCCCUGAAGAAAGCCCACAGGCAGCAGCUGCAGAAGACAUGUCAGGUGCACCAGCAGGGUUUAGAGAAGAGGUUACUGCACAACUCACUGCUCUCUGCAGGCAAUGAGAGGAAGGCUGGGGCCACUGGCCACCUGGAGGACUUCUUCAGCUUGAGUGACAACCAGAACAUCAAUAUGAGACCUGGCUCUGAGGCCCCAAGUUCAGUGAAGUCGGUUGGUUCCAACGCCUCCCCAAAGCUUAGAAUAACCCAGAGGCCUGCCACCACUGCUGAAGCCAGGGCCUCAUGUACAACGGUUCCUAAGCCCUUCAACAUAACCCUCAGGGAAGGUCAAAGGAAAUCCCAGCUGCUGCAAAACAAAGUGCCCUUGGACACAGAGAGGCUCCUGGGAGGCAAAAUGGAGGCCGAGGAGGCAGAGUGCCAAAAGCAGUUCCGUGCAGCACCUGUGCCGGGACAUGUUUUCCUGCCGCUCUACCAUGACAUCACAGAGGUGCGAGAGCAGGUGAGAAAGGCAGGUAUUGAGCAAAGGCAGGAAUUCCUGCUGUCCAUACAGAAGCCCUUUAGCUUUGUGGAGAGAGAGGAGAAGAAGAAAACAGAGAUGAAGCAACAACUGUGCAGCCCAGCCCUUCUGCCCCAAACGACCAAAUCCAUUGAAGUUAGGAUUCCGAUCCCCAAAGCAGUGUUGGACCCAGGAGUGAGUGAGCAUCUGAAAGAAAAGGAGCUGCACAGGAAGAUCCGUAUACAGAUUAGAGCACAGGACAUGCUGAGAAGUUCCAUGGCACCUAUCAAGACACAGGUCAGCAGGGGUGAUGAGGAGAAGCGCAGCUCUCACCGCACAAGGAAGGAGGUCCUAGGCUUUCUGGAUGAGAAGCCCUCCUUCCAGCCCCGUACCAACCCCCAGGUGCCCGAAUUUGACAAGCUACACAAGGCCCUGCAGAAGGAGGCCUUGAAGAGAACAGAGCAGAAGGACGUCACCAGGUGCCAGCCCUUUCAGUUGCGAACCUCGGCCUUGCCUCCGAGGCGGAGGCAAAAGACCCCUGAACCGUCACAGGAUUCGGGAGGCAAGACCGAUCUGAAGAGAAGCCAUUCUUUCAGCGGGAUCACGUCUCUUUCAACAGACACACUGCCAACCUACAUCACAGAUGCAGCAAGAAAACGUGGCUCUGCUAUCAGAAGGUCCAUGGAGGAAAAGAUGCGCAAGGAGAGUGAAAAUGCACACUGGAUGGAGCAGCACAAAGUGAGAUCUCAGGCCAUGAAGAGCAUGGUGACUUCGCGGGCGAGGGCUGUGGACCCACACAAAAGUCUAAAGGAGGUGUACCAUGAGAAGUUGAAACAGCACCGGGAGACAGACCAAAAACGGAUGAGAGAAUACAAAAGGGAACUGCACGAAAUGAAGACUCGAGUAAAGGUCCGUCCUUACCUAUUCGAGCAGGUGACACAGAAAAAUGCCAAGUCAGGUGCAGAGCGGCGGUACAGAGACACGCUGGAGCAAGCGGGGCUGAAUGAGCACUUUGUGAGGCAGAAAGGGGAAAGCGCUGGGGUGACGCCUCCCUUCACAUCCGAUGACGAGGACGCUACUGAAAACGACACCCACCACAUGAGGGGAACAGAAGAAGCAACACCAAACACCGGGGAAGAAAACAUUAUGUGAGAACCAAAG